UCGGUGCCCAGCAGUGCCACACACAAAUUCCGCCCACCUGUGCCCAGCAGUGCGCCCACCUGUGCCCAGCAGUGCGCCCACCUGUGCCACCCAGCAGUGCGCCCACCUGUGCCACCCAGCAGUGCGCCCACCUGUGCCACCCAGCAGUGUCACUACCUGUGCCCAGAAGUGCCACCACCUGUGCCAACCCACCUGUCCCCAUCAGUGCCACCCAGCAGUGCUGCCAGUCAGUGCCACCAGUCAUCAGUGCUACCUAUCAGUGCUGUCUAUCAGUACCCAUUAUCAGUGUCGCCUAUCAGUGCCACCAAUCAGUGCCGCAUAUCAGUGCCACCUAUCCGUGACACCUCA